CAAAGUGUUUUGCCUUUCCUUUUCAGUGCCCAUUCAUGCUUUGUUAACCAAACUAGUGCUUUGAGCCUGAGCCUUCAUGUAGGAUAAAUUCAUGCUAAGGAGAUAUAUGUGCGAUAUGUACAAGCUGCAGAACAAUGAAAAUAUUGGCUUAUAAUCGGGUCUCUAGUUUAGUAAAAAGAAAGCUAAAUGGUAAAAGUAUCGAAAAGGGAAAAAACUGUAAAAUGGAAACCUGUGCCCAUUUAGUUUGACAAAUAAUUACCAAGUAGACUAUAUAAACUGCUUUGAUUUGCAUUAAUUUCCAAUGCUAUGUCUCUCAAGCAUCCCUAAAUCCUGGAGUUUCCAGAUGGGUUUGUGUGCAUAAAGUAAGGAUCUUGAUCUUCAGUUUCUUUUGCAAUUAAUUAGCUUCUAUACUCGUAAACGUUUUAGGGCCAAUCAGAAAGAAAAGCUGCUGACUUCCAUUUCUUUCUUCAAUGCAGUGAUGUAGUAAGCAUGGCAAGCUAUGCACCACUUUUUGUGAAUGACAAUGACAGAUGGUGGAAUGCAGAUGCAAUUGUCUUUAACUCUUCACAGCUAUAUGGAACACCAAGCUACUGGGUGCAACACUUCUUCAGGGAGUCGAGUUCAGCAACUCUUCUUCAUUCAACACUCCCAACAAAUACAUCCACUUCCCUUAUUGCAUCUGCAAUUAUGUGGGAAAACUCAGAUGAUAGCAAGAGUUACCUAAGAAUAAAGAUUGUGAACUUUGGGAAUGACACAGUUAAUCUCAAGAUAAGUGUGGAUGGAUUGGAGCCCAACUCCACAAUACAGUUAUCCGGGUCGACAAAGACCGUACUCACCUCUGGUAAUCUGAUGGAUGAGAAUUCCUUCAAGGAGCCAAAUAAGGUCAAACCGAAACAGAGUCCACUUGAAAAUGCUGGCAAGGACAUGGAAGUCAUACUCCUUCCAUAUUCUCUCACUUCAUUUGAUCUGUUGAAAGGAUCUAGCAACAUCAGAACUGCAAGAAACGAUUCUUUCUCUAGAUCACCUUUUUAAAAUAUUAACUGAUGAAUAUCAAGUACUACUGUACUUUUGAGAAAUAAAGGUAAUAACCCAACAAAAGAUGGUGGCAUCCUUGCAUGUCAACUAUUCUGUUGGAAUGUUCUGUUGUUUUAUGUAAUAUCAAACUCGUUGCUUUUGGCUUCCUUGCUUGUAAAGUAUAUGUAUGAAUGCUCUUUGUUCUUGGUGAUGAAGUUAUAUCCUUCAGUUCAUUUUAA